UGGCGCCAGCUGCCUCAGAUAUAGACAUAGCUGACUGGAUGACCAGCUUGCCCCAGCUAGCUUGAGCCCAAGGGCUCCCUCGGGCACUGUGUUGCUGUCCUGGGGGCUUCAGCACCACACCCCAAGGGUGUGGCGUGUCACAGAGGGAGGCCAGAGGGGCAACAGCCAUGCCAGGAAUGGGGCAGAGCCUGGCUAAGGCCAAGCCACGGUUGCUAGCAGGCACUGACAGGAAGAGGAGCCGCCUGAGCAGGACAAGGCAGGACCUGUGGGAAGAGACCAGCUGGAGCAAUGAAAGGUGGAGCAGAGCUGCCCCUAGCCCGAGAGGGGCCAGGGCCAGAAGCCUGGCUCAUGGCAGGACUGAGGCCAGUCCUGAGAACGCUGCGCGGGAGCGGAGCCGGGUGAGGACACUGCGCCAGGCCUUCCUGGCCCUGCAGGCUGCUCUGCCUGCUGUGCCGCCCAACACCAAGCUUUCCAAGUUGGACGUGCUGGUGCUGGCCACCAGCUACAUAGCCCACCUCACCCGCACGCUUGGCCACGAGUUACCUGGCCCCGCCUGGUCACCCUUCCUGCGCGGACUCCGCUACUUGCACCCUCUCAAGAAGUGGCCGAUGCGAUCUCGUCUCUAUGCUGGAGGCCUGGGGUGCUCUGGCCUCGACUCCACCACAGCCACCACCUCAGGCCAAAGAACAAAGGAGGCAGAGGUUGGGGCCCACGUCUCUGGAGAGGCAGCUGCUCUCCUUCCCACCAGGCCACUCUCACCAGCUCUUGGUGACAAAUGAUCAUCACACUCACCCUUUUCUCCUAGACUGCAACUCAAGCUUAGGGACCUGGAUUCUCUACCAGGCCCUGCCUGUCUACACGCUGACUCUCACACGCUGAAUCUGACUCAGACUCAGCUCCCAGGUUCCAGCACCCAGACCAGGCGAAGCAGCAGGCGUUUCUGUGAUGGAGAAUACUCAGGAGCACCAGGGAGCAAAUCCUCAGCUCGGCACCCAGGGGAUGACUCCCUAGUGGCUCUUUUGUGGCAGCUACAAGCGAAGUGGGAGAGGAAGAGGUUUGAUUGGGUUGCAGCUUGUUAGGGCACCGCCCCUUGCUUUUCUCCCCUGAGGUUCGCACAAACCCUCUGGAGAUUCCAAGAAGACAGACAUUGCUGCGCAGGUACAGAGGGAGGGGCCUAGGUUGGCAGCGGCCGCAGGUGCUGCUGGGAAAGCCAAGAGCCAAACAGACUCUUGCAGUUGUGAGUGUGAACAGAGCCAGGCAGGGGUCGCAUAGCCAGGGGGAAACUGAAGAAGAGAACUUGCUUUAUUAUGGCACCACAAGAUGCUUCCUCAACGUCAAAGAUGCAGGGAGGAAUUUAGGAGUCUUGUCUCUGCAUUAUGGUCUCUCCAGCUGCCCGUCGUCACUCCGUUUUCUCCCUCUCUGGGCCCUGCACUCUUCCACUUUUUUCUUGAUAUGAGUUAUAUUUACAGGUUAAGCCAUAAAGUUUACAUUGCUUACAUUCCAGUUUCCAGAGAAAGUUUUGGAUAGUCCCAGCUGCCUAGUUUGAGAAGAUCUCACCCCCAAGCGGCUCUACCUUAGCUGAACCAGGUAGCGCCUUCAGGCCUUGCACGUGGAGGAUAUCGCUAGACUCAAUUACAUCCUGGAGGGACCUUAGAAGGAGAACGUGUAUCUUUCCCAGGGAAUGGUAAUUACAGUCUUCUCUUUCCAUUAUGUUAGAAAACUAACCUCCAGGAAAAACGAGAUAGGCCUGGGUUCAGUGGGUUCCUUGUAUGAUUUUGGCUUAGGGCUUCACUGGCUCUGGGGUUAUUUCUACAAUCAGUCUACAGAUUAACUCUGUAGGGUUAGCUCCUUCUCACAGGCACUGCUUCCCAGGCUCUCCCUAUGUCUUGCCACAAGGUGCCAGAAAUCCAAGAGUCUUAGUGGAAUUUAUCUCUGGCCCUGAAGAAAUAAUUUGAGGGAUAAUCACAGAGUCUACACAUGCUGAAAGUAACUUUCCAGAUCAGGUGUAGCUUCAUAUCAGGCACCUGAAGUCUAGAUAGAGAAGGAACCACUUUUUUGUUAAACUUCAGUGCCUCAGAGUGGGAGGGGAUGGACUGGGCCAACUGGAGUCACAAUAGGGGUGGCCUUAGACAGAAGCCACCACUGCCAUUGUGAAAAUACGUGAGAUUCUGGGCACGCGGGGAUGGCCAAGGGUCUGGGUUCUGGCGUGAUGAGCUGCUGUUCCUCCACAGGGCUGGCCAGGGCAGCAGGGGAAAAGGGGCUGAGGGGGUGACUCAGCAAGUUGGGCUGGAGGCAGAAAAGGAGACACAGAACGUCCCAGCCUCGGCUGCAUGGGAUAUGGGAGAGCAGCUGGACUGUGGCUGGGAGCCAAGAGGAGAAGUCUUAGCCAAGGCUGAACUCGUAAAUCUCCCAAGUCUCUGCUGAGGGGCCUGGAGAGCUUGUGCAGAGCCGCCUCUGGGCAGCUGGACGGGGCCAGGCAGGGGCAGAGACCAGGUGUGGGUGGGCAUGAACACAGUGUUCUCCACAAGACCAUAAAAGUCCAGCUUGAGUGUUCUAUUUUUAAAGCCAAAUAGCAGAAUCUUCCUGGUUGAGUUCAAGGGUGGCAGGAAGAGAAGCAGACAAAUUUCUUCCUGAGCUGGUGGCACGUAAUCUUUUUCUGGGGAUGAAACUGGGGAAGCUGGCUGUGGGUGUGCAUUGGGGCUUCUCCUGGUUUGGUCUGGAACUUGCCCCACCCCACCCUGCUCAGACUCAAGCCUUUGCCUACAACAUCAGACCCCUCAAGGGUGAUCACAUUACCCUGGUGGAGAAGACAAGAGGGCAAAAGAAGGAUGAGGCCGGUGGAAGGCUGAGGAAGGGCAAGUGUCAUUAUAAGUUUCUAAGACUGCCUUGGGCUCUUUCCAGACAAAACUAUUUUCCUUAGUGGCUGAGACAGUUCUGUGGGGUCCAGUGACCAUCUCCUCCAGCCGGAGAACACCCAGCGCAAUCAGGCCAGGGAGCAAACGGGCCGCAACGGGGCAGGUGGAGCCAAGAGAAGGACGAAUGCGUGAAGGGGGAAAACCAGAGGAAGCAUCAGGUCAGAGACUUGCAUCCACAAAUGAACCAGAACCAGGAGUAACUCCCUUUGCCUCUGCAGCAGAGAAAGAAAAACACCUUCUCGUUGGGAGACGGCUGAGAUUCAGGUCCAAUGACGGCUUUUAUUCCCCAGGAACAGGGGUAAGUGGGAAAGAGGCUCCAAAAGGCAACAGGAGCACAGGUGACAAAAUGACACUCAAGUCACUGGCUCAGGAGUCAGAGGGAUGGCUGGUCCACUUGGUUAUCUGGUACCACCCUCGGAAUCCCCAGGUGCCCGUGACUCGAGGUGGGGGUGGAGGCAGUGAGGUGAGGACAGCUUCCUCAGACUUGGAUGUGCUUGCGCUUUCUGAGGAGCAGCAGAACAGCAGGGCAGAGGCCUAGAUGUACUGUGGGAGGAACAGAGCUGGCCAAGGGUAUCUAAGUGUGAAGGUGGAGACUGGAGAUUUUACCAAAUUGGGAACUAGAGUAAUCAGAAACAGAAAAUCUAGUCUUCUCUGAGAAAUUCCUUUUCUCUUCCUCUGGAAGGAGCCCAGCUAGGAUGAGUCAGAUGGUGCUGUCCUCUCCCUUUUGUGGGGCAAGCUCUAAACCCAGGGCCCCUGCAAGCUUAUAUUCUAGAUCAAGGGCUGGCAAACUGUGGCCGGGGGGCCAAAUCUGGCCCCCCUUUAAAUAAAUUUUUAUUGGAAUAGUCACACCCAUUGGCUUACAUGUGAUCUACGGCUGCUUUCCUGAUACCAUGGCGGAGUUGAAUAGCUGCAACAGACUGUAAAGCCUACAUUUUUACAGAGUUCCUGUGAAGGAACUCUGGCCACUUACAGAAAAAUCUGCUGACCUUUGCUCCAGAUCAGAGAUAUUCAAAGUGUGGUCCUGGAACCCUGGGGGUCCCUGAGACCCUUUCGGUGCUCUAAGUGGCCAAAAUUAUUUUCAUAAUACAAAAUGAUAUUUGCCCUUUUUUACCCUUAUUCUCUCACUGGUGUAAUGGAAUUUUCCAGAAGUCAUAUGACAUGUGAUAUUGCAACAACAGAGGGCAUGUAGAAGCAGGUAGGAGAAUCCAGCUAUCUCUUACAACAGACGUUAAAGAUAUUUGCAAAAAUGUAAAACAAUGCCACUUUUCUCACUAAAUAUUUUCCAGUAUGGAAAAUAAUUGUUUUUCAUAAAAAUGUUAGAUAUAUUCAUAUCUAGUGGGCUAAUUAAUGUUAUUUUUAAAUAAAUAUUUUUUUAAUUCUCUA